CAUUGGCAACUGCAACAUCACCCAUACCACUCACUGCGACUUGAGCAGAGUCAGUCACGAUGAGCGGAAACGAGCCAUUCUACCUGCGAUACUACUCAGGUCAUCAAGGUCGCUUUGGUCACGAGUUCCUGGAGUUUGAUUUCCGGGUUUUGGGAGACGGACGCAGCGCUUCAGCACGAUAUGCGAACAACUCCAACUACCGCAAUGACUCUCUCAUUCGCAAAGAGAUGUGUGUGAGCGACGCACUAGUCGCAGAGAUCAAGCGCAUCGUCAAGGAGAGCGAGAUCCUGAAAGAAGACGACACCAAAUGGCCACAGAAGAACAAGGACGGCCGACAAGAGCUUGAGAUCCGUCUAGGAAGCGAACACAUCUCGUUCGAGACUGCCAAAAUCGGCUCAUUACAAGACGUGCAGGACUCUUCUGAUCCAGAAGGACUCCGUGUCUUCUACUACCUUGUCCAGGACCUGAAGGCUCUGGUUUUUUCGUUGAUUUCGCUUCAUUUCAAGAUCAAGCCUAUCUAAGCGGCGAUGUAAUGUAAGAGGCGUCGAGGUUCUGGCUGCUGGUUGCGGUAGAGCUGAGCAUGAGGGCAUAUACAGUCCUGGAAAAGCCCACAGACUGUCGGCGGGGUAUGGCGCCUGGAGUCUGACAGCAUUCCGUGGGGUACUCACAGCCACUGCGAUUCGUAGGGUUGUGGCUCCGGCUGAAAGCUUAUAGUAUGAGCUGAGAGACUUGGUGGGGUGGAGCACUCGAUGUUGAUAAUGUCGUUCUUCAGGCAAAUUGAGCUUAAUCGGGCCCGUUGGUGGCAAAUGCGACUCCAAAGACC